GAACAAAAAUGUAUCUUUCUUCACUUUUGGUGCUGCUCCUGCCGGCAGUGCUAUCUGAUAUCACCUCCGAGCUAUUGGACCAGGCCACAAUCAUCUAUCACGUGAAACCGGACACCUACAGACGACUCACUUUCAGUGGCUUCACCUCCGAGCUACAGCGCAAAUAUUGCGCUGGGUUUCACAUCGGCAGCCAUCAUUUCGUGACCGGAGCGCAUUGUCUGGUGUCCAAGGAUGGCACCAUCCAUCGACCGUACGAGCUGGACAUUCUCGGGUUGGGCGUAACCCAAGUAGAAAUACUGAUGCACAGGCGGUUCGACGGCAUCAAGGGAGCUGACAUUGCGUGGAUCAAAACCGAUCUCUCGUUGGAUGUGAACCACCUGAUUUGGGUUGCCGAACGACUGCCCAAGCAUUGCAAAGACUUCCGCCUGGAUGUUUUCAAUGCCAACGCGAAGGGACUGCGCUCCGGAUACCGAUGGAUUUCUCAACACGCGGCCAGAAAACAGAUGCUUGAGAUACAAACGAAACGACCGGCCGUUACAGCAUUCAGAUACCACAAUGUGCUCCCGAACGCAGAGGUUGUGACAUUUUGCACCACGAAGAAAGAUCCCAAACGAUAUGAGUUGCAUUACGUGUACCUGGGAAUAAGUGGUAAACUUAUGUUUCAGACGGAUUGUCACUAUGUUCAUUGCUGGCGUAUAGAUCCCGGAAAUCUGAAGCCUCCUCCUGUGGCCAUUUCUGAAACCACAACGGUUGCUGUUACUACCGUAAAAGCAACAACCACCACGAUCUAUGCGCAAACCGCUGUGAAUGUAACAAGUGCCGUCAAUAAACCACCAAUCUUCCACUUGGAUCCGAACUUUGUCAACGCGGGUCCAGUUUGUGUCGACUCUGGGGCGAAUCUCGUCACCUCGGUCCCAAACACUGUCAAUUCAGACUCGCACUCAGCCAUCGAAGACCUAAACGAUGAGAGUCAGAAUUUCAUAAACAAGGAUCUUGAAUUGCUUCAAUCGGACGCGGAUGAUGACGAUGAUGGUUCUGGUUCUGAUACUGAUACAUCCAGUGACACAGCUCAGAAACCAGAUGAUGAUAAAGACGAUGAUGAUGAAAAUGAUAGUGAUAUCGAUGAUGACGAUGACCACUAUCACUCUGAUUACUUUGUGAGCGAUCAUUCCUGGUUGCAGUUUUGGGAACCACAAGUGCCGGCGGCACUUCAUGGGCGGUCAUUCAAGCUCGAGGAAAAGACUGAAGACGAAUCUAUUGAGCAGGAGCCUUCCACACAAGCACCCAAUGAUGUUCAUCCAACAACCGACCAAACACCUCAAGUGGACCCCUAUGUGACUAUAACUUCGAAACCAGAGAAUGUCGCAAGCAUUGAGCAGAAGCCUGUCACACAAACACCAAAUGAAGUUCAUCCAACAACCAAUCAAACACCUCAAGUUGAUCCCAAUGUGACUAUAACCUCGAGGCCAGAAAAUGUUGAAGCAGGUAACCAAACCGCAGCGAAACCCAACGACACCCUGCUAUCUAUCGAUCCUCCAGUGGUUGUCGAUCAGAAUCAGGAUCAACUUGAACCUGAUGGUGAGGGCAGCGAGAAUGAUGGCAAAGACGUGAUCGUGGGUUUCAAGUGGCCACCAACGUUCUCCGAUAGAGACGGUCUAGCGGACUUUGAUCCUCGUGCAGUUCUCGAUAAGAAUAGGGCUCACUAUGGAUCAGACUUCACGCCCAAUGUGGUGCCAUGUGACUGGAAGCAUUGGGAUGACGAGAGCAACCAUCAGCAACGGUCUGAUGUUAGAAAGACAACUGCAACUGCAAUUGAAAUAACGCAAAACACGCCACAGCGCGAAGAUAUAUCUGCGUCGGCGGGGAAUUGUGGAUUUGCCAAAAACCUGAUUUUCACUGUCACGAUUGUGGCGCUUGAAUAUUACAAUUUAGCACAUGUCUCAUAAUUUGUAGAUGUAGUGCGUGAAAUUACCGUUUGUAAUAAAUUGUGUUUGGUAUGUUUGCGAAUGAGACAAGCAAACAAUCUCUUAAAUUUCAAAAUUUCUGUGGACAAAAACAAAAUUUAUGCUA